AUGCCGUCAUCAUCAGUUCCCCUAUCCGCAGCACGACCAUCACCAGCAUCUCAGUCCUGGCUCCAAAUUUCACCCACCCCUGGCAGUGAGCCUAUCAAAGCUGCUGAGUUCUACCCAGCGACAGAACAUCGUAUGCUCGGUGAAGACGGCAAGUCCAUGGCCUCGCUCUCAGGAUGGCCCGCAAACGAAGGCUUCAAGGAUCGUGGAUGGACAAGUACGACUGGCAUGGGAAGUGGCGCCAGCUGGGCAAGCAGGAAUGGGCAAGGGUCUGGAGGAAUCAUGCAGAGCAAGCCAAGGCAAAUGACAGAAAAGGAGAUGUAUGAUGAUAACAGGAGGGGAACUAUGAGGCAGGCGAGAAGUAAACCGACGGAGUCCGAAAAGGAGAGGUGCUUUAAAUAUGUGACUGGGGAUAACCCAUGUACCUAG